AUCUUUGGUAUGUUUAUCUAUCUGAUGAUAAACAUGGCUGAAAUUUUGUUUUUAUUUGCGGCAAUAGCUAAACUUCGACCUCUAGUAGAUAUUUGGAGUCAGAGUUUCGUAACAGUGAGGCGGUAGAAAAUGACACGUGUUUUGGGAAGUAUUUCACAGACUGUCAACGUCUGUAAUACAAUUCCGUUCCUAGUAAGGUGCCUCAGCAGAGACGUAAAACCAGCAGUGAAGAAUAUUAAAAAUGAUUUGAUUGGGCCACCUAAUCAGCUGUCUAAUCUGCGCCCCAUUGUUUUUCACAUACCAGAAAAUGAGUCUGCCAUUGAAAAGAAGUUUCGUCUGGAACGAGAAGAAACACAGAAGUGGAAUGAAGCUUUCUGGGCUACACACAACAAGAGAUUUUUUAAGGAGCGAGAUGAGUACAUUACUGCAAAUAGUGACCAAAAAGUACCUCUAACAGCAGAUGAAAUGUCUGUCUUUUACAAGUCAUUUCUUGAUGAACACUGGAAGAUACACAUGCGUUACAAUGCUGAAUGGUACAGAAGAAAUGUGUCAUUACUUUUUCUAGCCAUUCGAGUAAAAUUGCAUAAGAUAAGAAAUACAUUGAAAUUUUCAAAACCAUGAAGUGUGAUAAGGAUCAAUAAAAAUGUCGUAAAAAAA